AUGUCUUACCAAGGGUUUAUUAGCCGUCUUUCUAAAGAGGAGCAGGACUUUUACGACAUUAAAAAUGCAGCUGCGGAGUUUUACAGGAUUAAAAGAGUCCCCCAGGAGAUUGAGAGAGCUCUGAACGAGCUCUUCUUUCACAAGCCCGAAGACGUUUACGGUUAUCUGGCAAAUUACUUCACAUGUCUCUCUGCACCACCAAGGAUCAGUAGACUGAAGGCAAGAGAGGUUUAUGAUGCAGCAGGACAGCUAUCCAUUGAAACAGAAGUCUUCUGCAUUGUCUGCAACAAGGAGAGGAGCAUGUCCUCAGCUGCCGUCUCCAGCCAAUUUGGGCCUAAGGAAACUUCACUGGACUGGAAGGUAAAGAAUCAGGAGAGGGCUGGCCAUGUGAUGACUGCUAUCCAGUGGAUCAAUGAACCUUUGAACAACAUGCUGAAGGUCCAAAACCCCUGUGACCAAUCAGAAGUCGACCAUUUACUCAGCAAUUUCUUUAUGGCCCGUUACCUGGAGGAGAAAGACAACUGGAACAAGAAGGAGGGGAGUCAUUCACCCAGCGAGCCUGAGGUGGUGCCUCCUUCUUCACCACCUGCACAGACUAAAGACAAGAAGAGUGUUGAUAAAGGCAAAAAGAGCAACACUGCAGAGAAACAAUUUCCACCAGCAGAGCCACCAGAACCAGUUCUGCCUGGGAGCUUGGCUAUCAGCUCAGUGUCUCUGGCUGUGGCCAAAACUGGGGCACAAAUACAGGGUAUCCCUCUCUACAAAUACAUAGCAGCUCUGAAGAACAGAAAGGCUCCAACACAGUUUCACAUUCCUGUCUCCUUGGUGACUUUGUUGAGCUGUGGAAAGAAUUCUCCUGGAAAACUGAGUUUACUGGAGGAAGUCAUCCUGAUCCCCAAAGUGGGACAACGAGUCAAACAAAUCAUCAGAAUGACCCUUGAGUUACAGAAGGAGAUGAUGAGAAUAAUAAACACUUCAACAAAAGCCGGGGCCACCCAGACAAUACUGUGUGACAGUGGAGCGCCUGCUGUGAACUUCGAGCGACCUGAGCAACCCCUGGACCUGAUCACGGAAGCAUGCACUAACCUUGGACUGGCACUGGGAAAAGAGAUCCAUUUAGCAGUAACCUGUGCUGCCCCUGAGCUAAUAGACUAUUCUAAAGGAAAGUAUGAAAUUGCAACAGGAGUGCUGAAGUCUCCAGAUGAAUUAGUGGAUAUGUACCAUACCCUCAUCAGCAAAUACCCAGCAGUGGUGGCCUUAAUCGAUCCAUUUAGGAGAGAGGACAUAGACCAGUGGGAGAAGCUGAGGAAUGUGAUUGGACACUCAUGUUCGCUGCUGUCUGACAUCACCUACAAGUCAAAGGCCCUACCACUUCCAGGAGUCAGAGGUCACAUCUUAAAACAUAUCCAUGAGAUGACAGUCAGUGAUUUGAUCCGCAUCACAUCAGAGCACCAAGGUUCAGUGUUAAUGGCAACCACAUGCAAUGAGCCCUGCAGUGAUCACUCUCUGUCUGACAUAGCUGUGGGUCUGGGCCUGGACUAUGUCAAACUGGGAGGUCUGAGCGGUGCUGAGAGGAUGACUAAAUACAACCGGCUCAUUUCUAUAGAGGAAGAACUUGCCCAACAGGGAAUCCUGGUCUCCAAGGAGAAGCUCCCCCCUCCACUGUUCACUGAAAAACCACAGGAGAACUCCACUACUGCAGAGAGUACUUUGUCUGACACGGCCUCCUCACAGCUCACAGCUCCUGAAUCCAUCAAGAAAAUAUAA